UCAUCCACGCCAUCAUCUAAAUUUAGCCCUAAUUAAAGACCGAACGCCUCCCAAAUUUCUUCCUCUCGGUCGUCCAGCGAUGCAGUUCUGGGAUGCUGAAGUGAAGCCCGGAGGAUCGUAUAAGGUCAAACCGGAGUACUAUAGUUAUUUUCGCAUCACAGAGGCUGUGCUUGCAGUAUCAGAUGUCAAUAAAGUAAAAUCAAAGGGGGGGAAAAAGGACAAGCCUGUCUAUGUCUACAUGAAAUUUAAGGAUGAAAAGCGAUGCCUUGGUUCCCUUUCUCCGAUGACAUCCAUCAAGAUGGAGUUGGACUUGUAUUGCCACGUGGAAGUUGAGUUAUGCCACUCCUCUAAGGAUACUAGUGUAUACUUUUACGGUCUUCACGUCGGUCCGAGGUACGAGGCAUCCGAUGAUGGUGGAUACAAUGACUUUCCAUUUACUGAUACCGAGAGCGAAGAAGAAUCUUCCGAAGAGGAAAUAGAACCGAUCCAUGAGGGUGGGCACUGGAGUUAUUUACGCUAUUGGAGUGCCAAAGUCAAUCCUGGAGAUCCUUUUAAAUGCAAACCUAAAGCAAAUAGCAUUUUGCACCUUUCACAGGCUGCAUUCAAACCUGAAGAAGAUGAUAAGCCUAUCUAUAUCUAUGUGAGUGCUGAUGGGUUUGAGAAGGAACUUCUUGGAACUCUUUCAGAAAGUGGAUGUCAACAAAUACCAUUUAACUUACAUUUUGACAAAGAAUUUGAGUUAUCUCACAACUCCAACAAAGCCAGUGUCUAUUUUUUGGGUCAUGAAUUUGCUCGGUCAGGGAGAUUCCACAAUGAUUCUGGGGCGGAGCCGUGGAAAGAUAUGCAUUAUUGGAGUGUCAAAGUAGAUCCCGGAUGUUCUCGUACAGUCACAUGUGAAGUCAGUACAGUUGUUCAACUUAUACAUGCUUCACUCGAAAAUCCAGGUGACAAAGAAUACGUGGGUGACGAAGACGUGCUUAUCUAUUUGAAAUUUGCGUGGUUUCCCAAGUCAGUUAUUGGAAGUCUUUCUGCAAUGAAAUGCACCCAGAUACACUUUAACUUACCUUUCGAACAAGAUAUUGAGUUAUCUCACUCCUCCAAGAAUGCUAGCGUCUGUUUUUUGGGUUAUGUAGUAGGUCAACAAGACCGUGAAUUGGGCGAGGUAGAAGUUCCUGUUGUUCGAAAUGGAAAUGACCGUGAAUUGGGCGAUGUAGAAGUUCCAAUUGUUCGAAAUGGAAAUGGCGCACAUGUGGUCAAGCAAGAACAAGGAGAAAUGAGUGCAGGAAAGGCUGAUGUGGACAAAGAGGAAUAUUCAACUUCUAAAAAGGCAACAAAACAUGAAGCGGCUACAGUUGAUGAGCCGAUGGUAGAGGAGGAUGAUGACAAGGAUGAUUCUGAUAAAGAAUCUGAUGAUGACAAGGAUGCAACUGGCAAUCAGCCUGCUGAAUCUGCUUCCAAAACUCAUGUUCUAGAAGAGAACACUGAGGUUGUUACCCCAGCUGGAGGACAGAAAUCAGGUUGGGAUGGAAACAGUGACAAGCCGAAGGAGCAUAGUUCUAAUUUUAUUAUUUCGCGUCGAUCCAGUCCACCAAAUAAGGCUUGGGAAACUCACUUGUUCUGGAGUGCAAGAGUGCAGGGUGGAAUGCAUAUUGAAUACACACCUGAAGCUGAUAUGAUUGUGCACCUUUCACAUGCUUCACUUGGAAAAUCAAAGGAUGAUGGAGACGUGCAUAUAUAUGUGGAAGUUGAUUGUGACAAGUCACUUAUUGGAAUUCUUUCUCCAGGAAAAUGCACCCAGAUACCGCUGAAUUUAUUUUUACAUAAAAGUUUCCGUUUAUCUCACUCCAAGAAUACUUGUGUCUACUUUUUUGGUGAUGAAUGCCUUCAGCCAGAUGAAUAUGGUUCCGCUGAUUAUUCUGAGAAUGAAUUGGACGAUGAAGAUGCUCCUGGAGCUAAAAAUGCAACUGGUGGUGAUGAAAAAAGUGACACGUCAAAGAAGCGGACGCCUGAAUCCAUCGACUCUGAACUUUUAAAGUUGCAUGGAAGGAAUUUCGAUUCUGAAACUGUUCUUCCAGCUGACAAGAAAGCCAAGCGUGAUGAGCAACUUUAAGCGGUCCGGGUGGGUUUCUAAAUGUGCAGUUAGUUUAUGUCCAGGAAUUUCGAUUCUGUAACUAUUCUUCAAGCUGAUAUGAAAGCCAAGCAG